AUGGAAAAAACUCAAUCAAAUACCCUAGCUAGAAAACGUACUACUGCCACCCUUAGCGCAGGUGGUAAUGCAGCUUAUCACAAUUAUCUAAACGAUUUUGCAGAUAUCGAAGAUCCUGUGAAACGUCGUCAGUUGGCUUUACAAGAAAUCGACAAUGCGAAAUUCGGUUGGUACCAUAUCAAAUCAAUCUUGGUCGGUGGUGUUGGGUUCAUGACCGAUUCCUACGAUAUUUUUGCUAUUAAUUUGGGUAUCACCAUGAUGAACGAAGUCUUUUGGGAUGGUAAUAUCCCAUCGUCGACUCAAACUUUGUUGAAAGUCUCGACCUCUGUAGGUACUGUUGUUGGUCAAGUCGGGUUUGGUGUUCUUGCUGAUUUAUUGGGUAGAAAGAAAAUUUAUGGUUGUGAAUUGAUUAUUAUUAUUGUUUGUACCAUUUUGCAAACCAUGUGUGGUCAAGCCCCGGGUUUAAGUUUCACUGCAAUGUUGACAUUUUAUAGAAUUGUUAUGGGUCUUGGUAUCGGUGGUGAUUAUCCAUUAUCCUCUAUUAUCACUUCGGAAUUCGCCACCACUAAAUGGAGAGGUGCCAUCAUGGGUGCUGUCUUUGCUAAUCAAGCAUGGGGCCAAAUCUUUAGUGGUAUCGUGUCUAUUGUUUGUAUUGCCGCUUAUAAAGAUCAAUUGAAACCUGCUUAUGAUUCGGCGCAUUGUGGUCCAGAUUGUAAAAGAGCUUGUGAUCAAAUGUGGAGAAUCCUUAUUGGGUUCGGUGCCAUCCCAGGUCUUGCAGCUUUGUAUUUCAGAUUAACUAUCCCAGAAUCCCCACGUUAUCAACUGGACGUUGUUGAUGGUUCUCAAGUGACACAUAAUUCAAAUCCUUCGAGCAAUGAAUCUUCAAACUCUUCUGCUACCCUUUCUUACGACAACAAAGAUGAAAACAUUAUUACUAAUGAACAAGAGAUACACGUACAAAAACAUUCUAGUCGUGUCGAAGAAAUUGAAGCCAACGAAACUUCUCCUCUUGGUAAGACUCUAACAACACCAGAAGCUGCUCCAGACAAUAAGGCCAGUUUCAAAGAUUUCUGGGCUCAUUUCGGUCAAUGGAAAUAUGGUAAGAUUCUUUUGGGUACUGCUGGUUCUUGGUUCAUGUUAGAUGUUGCCUUUUACGGGUUAUCUUUAAACACUGCUAUUAUCUUACAAGCCAUUGGUUAUGCUGGUUCUAAAAACGUUUAUUACAAAUUAUACAACUCUGCUGCUGGUAGUUUAAUCUUGAUGUGUGCAGGUUCCUUACCUGGUUAUUGGGUUGCUGUUGCUACAAUUGAUACCAUUGGUAGAAAACCAAUUCAAGUUGGUGGGUUUAUUGUUUUGACCGGAUUAUUCUGUGGUAUUGGGUUUGGUUAUCAUAAGUUAACUGAUGGUGGGUUAUUGGGUCUAUAUAUUGUGACACAAUUCUUCCAAAAUUUUGGUCCAAACGUUACUACUUUUAUUGUUCCAGGUGAAUGUUUCCCCACUAAAUAUAGAUCUACAGCUCAUGGUAUCUCUGCUGCCUCAGGUAAGAUUGGUUCCAUCAUUGCUCAAACUGCCUUAGGUACUUUGAUCAAUCACCACUGUGCUAGAGAUGGUAAACCUAAGAACUGUUGGUUACCACAUGUGAUGGAAAUCUUUGCCCUAUUCAUGUUAUUAGGUAUCUUUACCAGUUUAUUAAUCCCAGAAACCAAGAGAAUGACUUUAGAAGAAAUCAGUGCCAAAUACCAUGAUGAAAAAAUACCGGGUUAUGAGCAUUUAUGUUCAGAUGCUCCAAAGGAUGAUUAUCCAGAAGAAAAUGAUUUCGGAACUGAAUACAAUCAAGAUAACGAAUAUGCAAAUGACAUAGAGAUUCAAGAUUACAACGGUACAAACGAUUACGAAUAUGAAAAUAACAACCUCCAUAACCAAGAAGAAGAGGAUGAAUAUAAUAACCGUAGUAUUAUUGAAACUGAGAAUUUCAAUAAAAACUAA